AGCUGAAUUUGUAAAUUUAGAGCAGCAGGAUGGAAUGCAGAAACUUAAAGGCAGAUCGUGCCCUGCAGUGGAAUUUUCCACCAGCGGCCCCCCUCCCCUCCCCCCCUCUCACUCACAGACACACUAGGCACAAAGACACAAACCAUCUCCCAAAUGAUUGUUUAUUUAAAAACUGAGUUAUUCAAAGCAAUAAUGUUUUAAAGUAGUUUUUCUUUGUCAGAAAUUAGUUCAAUGAAAUUUAUCCCAGAACAAUAAUAAUAAUAAUAAUAAUAAUAAUGAAUAAAGAACAGGAGAGCAUAAUGGAUGCUUUGCAGCAUUCACACAAUUAUUGUUCAUUAUUAUUAUGUAUCUGAUUUAUUUUUAUUUAUUUUCUUCAGACAUGACACUGCCAAAAAAUAAAAAUGCAUGCCCCAUCUGCAUGAAGACCUACGCGGCAAUGUCCAAACAUUUGAAGGCAAGCCACGGGGUCUUAAACCUCCAAGAGCGCCAGCUCCUCCUCAACCUGGCAAGCAAUCGGGUGAACAUACGCCGUCAGGCAUGUCCAGUAAUGGGGUGCAAUUAUAAUAGCACCAGGCUGGACCAGCAUAUCCCCAGUUGCCACACGGAGCUGAACGAGGCACAGGUCCAGCAGUACCUGCAGUGGGCCAGGAGAGCAACAACCAUAGCUCUCCUGAAAGAGCUGCGGUCCACAGACCCAGCAGUGCCGCUGGCCUCCUGCUUGGAUCUGGGUCUGGAGGAGGAGGAGGAGGAAAGAUACCAGCAAGGGCCUCCUCUUGAAAUGAUGAGCCACCAAGAGCCACAAUGCCCGAACGCAGACUGCGUGGCGCAACUGAGGAGCUGGCAGCAGUCAGCGAUGGAAAAAGGCCGGAAGGCAGAGGUGUUGGAGGAGGAGUUGAGACAGCUCCGUGGCGCCUAUCAAAAGCUGGCCAAGAAAUUCAACCGGCUUUCCAAGGAGAGGGGAACGGAGGCUACAGUGGCGGUAAGAGGAAGAGAGGAGGAGGAGGAGAAGGAUGACCACGAGCAGCCUGGCCCAUCGUAUGUGCCUGACGAGCAGCCUGGCCCAUCGUAUGUGCCUGACGAGCAGCCUGGCCCAUCGUAUGUGGCUGACGACAGGGCCCCGGCCCAUUGUAUGUGCAUGAUGAGCAGCCCGGCCCAUUGUAUGUGCCUGAUGAGCAGCCCGGCCCAUCGUAUGUGCCUGCACCAGUGCCAGAGCCGGCGGCAAAAGGAGGACCUGGCAGUGCGGAAGGCGUGGAUGAGGAAGGCCUGA